AUGCUCGGCCAUGAGAAGGGUCUUCGACCCGUGUCAAAGACCCGUCACCAGGUUCAGGUCGGUGGUGGAGGACCGCCCGUUGAAAAACCACCAUUCGCGCGCCUGACUUCCCCGACACAGCCAACACGUGCGUCGCGCUCGACCUUGAAACCGGUCGUAGGUGGUAACGGCGAUGGGGACCAGGCGCUACCAGGGAAAGAAAAGGCGCGUGUAGUGGAACACGUGCGCACGUGGCAGUUCGAACAGGUCAUGGACGGCUCAUGA